AUGCAAAGCAAAACAUUUACUUCUCGUCAACUUUCCAUGAUACUCUUAUCAUGCUGCUCCUUACUUGGGGUAGGAUGCUUCAUGUAUGCUGUUGACUUAUCGUUUUUGCAAGACAAAAUUUCUGCUAUCUCUAAAAGAGAUAAUGGUUUCGAAUUCGGAAUCUAUUCAAACAAUGUCAGAGUUGAUACUAAUAGUCGUUUCCCUUCUGAACAACCUUGGAGCGAAAGAAAAGGUGGCGUGGUCCAAGCCUUACAAUCUAGAAAUGAAAAUAGUCCUACAUUGGUUGGUUUACAGGAAUUGAAACAUAACCAAUUGGUUGAUGUUUUAGAAGGCUUGAACGGUAAUAAUAAUAGUUCUCCAUGGACCCACUUUGGUGUUGGGAGAGACGAUGGUGUAGAGAAAGGGGAAUAUGCUGCCAUAUUGUAUAACACUAACGAAUGGAACCUCUUAAACGGUACAUAUAAAUGGUUAAGUGAAACCCCUGAUACCCCAAGUAUCGCUUGGGGUGCUGCUACUAUUAGAAUUGUUACUAUGACCACCAUGCAACACAAAAAAUCAGGCAAGGUUGUUAACUUCUUCAAUACCCAUUUUGAUCAAAAGUCAGAAGAAGCAAGACAAAAGUCUGCUGAUUUAAUUUCCGGCUGGAUCCAAGAAAUUCCAAACGAUUAUCCUACUUUCUUGAGUGGUGAUUUCAAUUCCAUUUCCUCCGAUGUUGCCUAUCAAACCCUUCAAAAGAGCAUGAAGGAUUCAAACACCGUUGCUUACGAGCAUAUCAAUGGUGAUUAUCCUACUUAUACUGGUUUUGAAAAAAAUGAUAACCAAUCUAUCAUUGACUUUAUCUGGUCUCCUUUAGACACUAACCAAGAGAACUCCAAUACUUACGCCCUUGAAUAUGAAGUUCUUGAUAACAUGUACAAUGGUUCCAGAUUCAGUGAUCAUAGACCAGUCAAUGUCCACUUUAAAGUGUACGAAUAA